AUCUGUCAUCCUCAUCUUUAACUUUUUUUCUUUCUGUACUGUCACGCCCAUUCAGUUCCAAAAUGGAGUCCCGUACACGAAUCAUGAGGUCAUCUCAACUUGGAUUGCCACCUCGGUCCUCCAUGACUGUGACAUUUUCCCGUGACACCUUGGAACGAAAGGUGGAAGCCAAUAAACCCCAACAACUUCCACGGAAUCCUGAUCAGAAGCUUGAAAAUAUUAGAAAAAUAAGUGGGAAAGAUGCGGACCCAGUCCUCACGAGCUUGGUGAACUACCACAGCAAACUGCUUGGGGCUUCGGGGAGGUCAUUUGACUUAAUUGUUGGUAAGCUGAGUCAUCUCUUAAAAACCAAUGGAUACUACCUGGAUUCCAAGUAUAAAGGGCCCAUGGACGCCUUGUUCUUUGCUAUCAGGAAUAUGAUUGUAGACACAGAGAAGAGUGAGAUCUCUAGGACCAGACUGUUAGAGAACCUGGAACUCAGGGCCAAGACAUGGGGUCAUGACCCCUUAGAGCUUCCACAACCUCGUGCUCAUUUACAAGACUUGCCUUCUCCUACAAAGCCACCUGCAGUCACCCAUCCUCAGGAUAAUGCACCUACUGAAUGCCUAUCACCACCUUAUAAUGCUUCUGGGCGUUACUCCCCUAUCCCUCUACCUCCUGUCCAAGUUGCCCCUCCCAGCCCCAACAUGGAGGCAUUGACCCAUGUGGCCAAGGCCACUCCAUUUCCUGAUGACACUGAUGACGAUGAGGAAGACGAUGACCAGUGGCUGACGACAUCAGACAUGACCUACGAGUCUGACAGCUCCGAGGAGUUCAUCAUGCCAGAGCGUGAGGUAGAGGAUCUUAUGAUGGAAUCUACCACAGAUCUUGAUGAUGAGCUUUCCAGGCUGCUGGCAGCAAAGCUCCCUGAUAGCUACAAGAGGAGAGUGAAUGAUGGCAAACCUGUGCGCUACACCAGAUCCUUCCUGCUUGACCUGUGGAAAUCACCCUAUUCCAAAGAGAUGCCGUCAGUCCUGAAGCAUACCAUCUCCCAUAGUGAUGUGUCCUUUAUCAUCCAGAGGCAUGCCUUUUCUGAUCCUGGAGUGCUGUUCCAGCAAGGAUCAAUGGAUGAUAUUUAUCUGAGGCCAUCUCACCUCAAGGCAGACCCUAACUCAAGAGUUAGAUCAUCCAGUGGCAGAUCUUCCAGUGGCAGAAGUACCCCAGACCCCAAAGCUUCUGAUGGAGAUGCUACCAGGAUGAGGGCCUUGAGCUGGCCCCAGGGAGCGGCAGCAGCAGGGAAACCACAACCAGAUGUAGAAGGAGGAGGAGGAGAGAGACUGGUCCAAGGCAGGGAAGGAGCUAGGCAAAUCCGAAUAGGGGCAAGGAUUGACAGUCCAAAUCCUGCAACUUGGCAAGGAGCAAGAAGAAUCAGUGAAGGUGACGGCCAAGAAGGACGACCAGAAGUAUCCUUGAGAUCCAAUUCACCAGAUGAUUGGCGCAGGCCUGGAUCUACUGCUGGAAUUUUGGGAGAGACUGGUACCAGUGCUGCGAUAUUAGGAGAGAGGCCAAAAAGGAAUACAGAUAAACAAGAGCCCUUGGCAGCAGCUGCAGAAGGAGAGGAGGUUGUGCUGAGACCACGUUCUCCAAGAGAUUGGGUCCAAUCUGGCCCUGCAUUUGGGACUUUUGGAGAUAGGGCUGGUCAAAACACGAGGAGACCGAUUACCCCAAGAAAGGAGGAAUCUUUACGGCCACGCUCUCCAAGUGAUUGGCGCAGACCGGGAUCAAUUUCAGGAUUACUUGGAGAUGGGGAUGCAAGAGCGGUGAGGCCUAGGCUCUCCAAUUCUCCAGGUGUAGCAGGAGAUGGGGCUGAAGAAAUGUUACAAGAGAGACCAGGAUCAUCUGGACGACAUUCACCAAGUAAUUGGGGCUGGCCUGGAUCUAGUUCAGGGAUACCUGGAGAUGAGGGUACAAGAGUUGCUGGACUUGGACUCUCCACCCCCUCUGCAGUUGUAGCAGGAGGUGGAGAUCAAGAACGGCCAGGUUCUAGACGACGCUCACCAAGUGCCGGCAGUCAAGAGGCUGGUGCCAUGAAGGUCCGAUUUGAUCUGCCUGAUCAAAGCAGCGAGGAUGACAUGAAAACUAAAGACUCCCAGAGGAAACAAGCAGCUACGUCAACCCAUGUACUCCUUACACCACGUCAGAUUCUUGGAGAUGGGGCUCAAUCAGACGGGGGCACUGACAUGUCUCCUUCGACACUGCCGAUGGGAUUCGCUCCUCAGACCGAGAUCCCUACCUUUAGAGAAGUCUUUAGAGAGGUCAUUGAGAAAGGGAUCACUACCGGGGCACCAGGACCAGCCAUGGACAUCAGGGCAAAGUCACCUGAAAUGUGA